AAAACAACCUAAUCUAAACUUCUUCGAGUUUUAUCAGUUCCAAUUACUGUAGUCGUCAUCAUUGCCCCCCAAAACACAAACAAUGGCUAGUUUGUUUAGUCUUUUGUUGUGUUCUGUAAUGGCUUUGGUCGGAAUUAGUUCAUUGCUCCUUUCCGUUGCCGACGGGAAGCUGGUCAGGACGAUGAACAGUGAUUGGUCGUCGUGGCAGGAUGGCCAUGCAACGUUCUACGGCGACAAAAGCGGCAAGGACACAAUGCAAGGUGCAUGCGGUUACGGCGAUCUAUUCAAGCAAGGCUACGGCCUCCGAACGGCGGCGCUAAGCACGGCGCUCUUCAACAACGGCCUCACGUGCGGCGCGUGCUACGAGCUCAAAUGCGUCGACGACCCGAAGUGGAAGUUCUGCUACCCGGGAGCCGCGCCGAUCCAAAUCACGGCGACCAACUUCUGCCCGCCGAACCCCGCGGGCGGCGCGUGCAACCCGCCGAUGAAGCACUUCGACCUCUCGAUGCCCAUGUUCCUGAAGAUGGCGCCGUACAAGGCUGGGAUCGUGCACGUGCAGUACCGCAGGGUCACGUGCGCGAAGCAAGGCGGGGUGAAGUUCGAGAUCAAGGGCAACCCCAACUGGAUCCUGGUGCUGCCGUACAACGUCGGCGGCGCCGGCGACGUGAAGAACGUGAGGGUGCUGGGGUCGAAGAGGAGCGGCGGUGGUUGGAUUCAGAUGCAGAGGAAUUGGGGACAGAACUGGCAGACGGGUGUGGAGUUGGUCGGGCAGUCGUUGAGUUUUCAGGUGGUGACGAGUGACGGCGCGUACAGGGUGUUCCGUAAUGUUGUGCCGGCGAAUUGGCAGUUUGGGCAGACUUUUGAUAGCAACAUCAACUUCUGAUGAGGCAAGGCUGG